GAAACAGAGCAGAGAGGAGAGCAGCAGAGUGGAAAGACUAAAACACUCAAACAAAAAGCCAUUCAUUCUUUGGCUCUGGCUGCUUUGAACUUUAUCAAGAUCAAACACUUGGGCUAAGUUUUGAACCAGGAUAUUGUCAAAUCCCUGUAAAAUCACAGCACUCUGCUGAUUGUCCCUCUGAGAUUCCCAUCUUAUGUAUUAUUUAACAGGCAGUGAGCUAAGUGGUUCAUGCUGUGGAGCCUGAGUCACUUAUUGACGUUGCAGAUCUGUACCCAAACCACUUCAGAUGGGGAGCUCGGGGAAUGCUUUCAGGACUACCUCUGCUGGCUACCGUUUACCGGAUAGACCUGGCGCUGUGUCUCUCACCUCUUUCAGCAAAGUGGCAAGCAGAUCAUCUCCCGGGAAGGCCAGGGAACUUGAGUACUUUGAUGCAGUCAAACAAGAUCAAGUGUGGAGAGAGUUUAUGCAUGCAGAGUGGAGAGGAGUCAAACGAUGGGAAAAUAAUUGGAGCUUUCUUAAAGAGUAUGAUGACAAGGGAAGACCUAAAGUACAGAAGCCACUUCCCGAGUAUGUCCCGGUAUUCUCUGACAAAGUUCCAAACAGCACGAACCAGACAUUUGGCAGCAGGAUAGACACUCAUCUUGGGCAAGCACUUAUACGGAUGGAUUUCAAGUUUCAAAGUGGAAAUCGAAAAAAAAGGCUCGACAGAGCAUGGAGAAUGGGGGCCAGAAGUUCACAAAGAAGAUCACAAACCUGGAGGAAUAUCCAAUAGGUUUUCUCUACUGUAAUGAAGCAACCAUUUCCCUCUCUAAGACCUAGACAUGAUUGUGUAUCAGGUGAUGUGGAUAUGGACAGGUAGCAUAUAUGUCAGCCUGGCUCAGUUGAUAGCAUGCUCACCUGUAAGUCAGAAGUUUGUGGUUCCAACCCCAUGUUGGGAUUUAUUUGUGAUGGAGAAAUACAGUAAUGUGAGAAUGUCAGUGUAUUCUAUGCUGACACACCAAUGCAGUGUAGAGUUUGUGCCGCAUUAUCAAAAUGCAUCCUUCAGAUAAGAUGUUAAACCAGGACUUUUUGCCUGUCCAUGUGGAUGUUAGAAAUCCAAUGGCACUAUUUGAAGCUUUUUGAAGUAU